AUGGACUCAUCAUGGGUGAAUACUUCUCUUGAUCUCAGCAUCAAUCCCUUCAUGCAUGUCAAUGAAACUCAAGCUCCAAAACUUGAUGGUUAUUCCCAGGCUAGCGUUGGUGUUCUUGUUGAAGAGUUGAAUCGGAUGAGUAGUGAGAACCAGAAGUUGACAGAAAUGCUUGGUGCUGUAUGCAGAAAUUACAUGGCUUUGCAAAAACAUUUAGAUGAUUUGACGGGCAAUAAUUCUGAAAAAGAACUCAGUAAACUAAUAAUAUCAAGGAAGAGAAAGGCUGAGAGUGAAGAUUAUAGCAACAAGAUUAAUGCAAUUAGUGGAGGAAAUACAGAAAGUAGUUCUAGUGAUGAAGAGACAAGUAAAAGGCCAAAGGAGAACAUGAAACCGAAGAUUUCAAGGGCUUAUUUUGUGACUAAUGCAUCCGAUGCAAGCUUGGUUGUGAAGGAUGGAUAUCAAUGGAGAAAAUAUGGUCAAAAGGUGACCAGAGACAACCCUUCUCCUAGGGCUUACUUUAAGUGCUCAUUUGCCCCAAGUUGCCCUGUCAAAAAGAAGGUCCAAAGAAGUGCUGAAGACGCUUCAAUUUUGGUAGCAACUUAUGAAGGAGAGCACAACCAUGCUUGCCUUUCUCAACCUGAACUAUCAUUAUGCUCAAGCUACAGUUCAAAUGUUGGUCCAAUUCCCACUUCAUCACCUAUCAGAGGUUCAGUUCCUACUAUGACCCUUGAUUUGAUCCAAAGUGGAAUGCACGUAGACAGUGCUAAAAAGACUGUCGAAGAAAAUCUUGAAAUGCCGGCAAUUCAAAAAAUUUUGGUCCAACAAAUGGCUUCUUCUUUGACAAGGGAUCCAAAUUUUACAGCUGCACUAGCAGCUGCUAUCUCUGGGAAAUUCAACCAGACUCGGACUGAGAAAUGGUGA